GUGUCCGGCGCUGCGGACGGCAGGAUUUUUUCCCCACCUACCCGCGGCGAGCGGGCGCAUGCGUGAGGAGGCGCGCGUGUGCUGCUGGGGCUUGUAGUUCUCCGCGGCUGAAGUGGGAGGGAGGCGGCGGCGCGACCGGUUCUUGGUGGUGGUGCUGCUGCUGCUGUUGGCGGCGGCGGCUCUUGGUCACGCUGUGGCCCUGGUGAUGGCAGGGGAAGCAGCUGUGCUGGAAGGCGUCGUCGUCCUCCAGGCGGGGACUGUGGCAGCUGAGCUCUGACUGUCGCCUCCCCCUCCGAGGGAUGGAGGUUGGGGAGCAGGAAGAGAGCAGGAAGGAGCAUUGGAAGCUGCUGGGUAACCUGAAGACAACUGUGGAGGGUUUGGUGUCAAUAAACAAUCCCAAUGUCUGGUCUAAAUACGGUGGCUUGGAGCGGCUGUGCAGGGACAUGCAUAGCAUUCUGUAUCAUGGGCUCAUUCCAGACAAGGUGUACUGCAGGCAGAGGGAUUAUUGGCAGUUUGUGAAGGACAUCCGUUGGCUGAGCCCACAUGUUGCCCAUCAUGUUGAAAAGUUUAUCAGUCUGCAUGAGAAUGGACAACGGAACACCGACUGUGCCAGUGACCAAGCCGUUGCAGAGCUGUGGCUCCAGCACAGUCUGCAGUACCAUUGCCUGUCAGCUCAGCUGAAGCCCCUGCUUGAGAAUAAGCAGUACAUCAGGAAAUUCUAUGCAGACUCAGCAUUUCUGCUCAGUGACGCUCAUGUCACAGUCAUGUUACAGUGCUUGGAGGCUGUGGAACAGAACAAUCCCUGCUUGCUAGCUCAAAUAGAUGCAUCUAUGUUUGCCAGAAAAAGCGAGUCCUCUGUGCCUGUGACAAAGAGUCAAAGCCUCACAGCACUUCCUGGAUCCGUAUGUACCCCUCCGGCUGAAUGCACAACCCACCGGUAUUUUGGCUCUUUCUCAGGUCUUCACUCUGCUUCUGCCAGCAUGCAAGGCAGGAGACCAUCAAGCACUUGGGUUUGCAGUGGCACCAGCCAACCUCAGGAAAACUCCCUGUGUGCCUCAUCUCGAAGGCAGCUGGAGGGCAGGUCCCCCCAGCGCCGAACUGUUCCUCUUCCCCACCUCACCGUCUCUUCCCCAAAAGACACCUCUCUGACUGGCAACAUGAGUGCCAGCACCUCAGCCAACCCAAGCGAUGACCCGUGGGCAGGCAGCCAGGAUGAUACAGACGGGCCAGAAUACCUGGCAAUUGGAAAUCUGGGCCGGCAGAGUCAGCCUUGCAGUAGCCCGAGUCAGUGCAGCACGCCCACUAGCAACAGCGCUGAGGGCAGCACCUCCAACCUGUUCUCAUCCAGCAGCUCUCAGAAGCAGGAGUCUGUUUCCUCCUUGGGAGAGCAGGGAGCAAGUGGUAGCGGCAGGAGCAGGGGGACGAGCCUCUUGCGCAGGUCCAGCUUCUCAGAGGGACAGACGUCAACUCUCCACGGCAUGCCCAAGAGGAUUCACAUGCGCUCCCACUCGGACACCAGCGUGGCCUCUGGGAAUGCUCAUGAAUCCAAUGGAGACAUUUCCAGAUUCAAAGGCAGCAUGUCCUGCUCAGUGCAGAGCAGCCAGAUGAGCACCCCUGGUUCUGUCUACAUGGAAUACGAUACUGGGCAGUAUCUAAACUCUGGGGAAGGGAUAUUCCGGAGACCCUCAGAAGGCCAGUCCCUGAUUAGUUACUUGUCGGAGCAAGACUUUGGCAGCUGUGCAGACUUGGAAAAGGAAAAUGCUCACUUUAGCAUCUCAGAGUCACUCAUUGCUGCCAUUGAGCUGAUGAAGUGCAACAUGACGAACAGGCAGCUGGAAGAGGAGGAGGAGGACAGCGACAAGGAGAUCCAGGAGCUCAAACAGAAAAUCCGCAUCCGCCGACAACAGAUCAGGACCCGGCACCUCCACCCAGCGUACCGGGAGAUGAGCUCAGACAGUCUUAUGGCAACAGACAGCGGAUCCCACUUCAGCUCCCGAGACUCAACACACUUGUCUGACUCGGGCUCUGUAGAAGAGGUUGAUGAGUAUGAGAUUAGAGAUGGUAACGAUGGAUCUAACCUCAUUCAAAUAUCCAAGAACGGCCUGUCUGUCUCAAUGGCUUCCUUGUUUUCAGAUGCAGACAUCAAGAGGAAUGCAGCUCCCAGCAAGAAGUCCUUCCUCUCGUCUGGCUCCACCUUCCAUUCCUUCCUCAACUCAAACUCUGCAGAGGCCGUGGCCAUGGGACUUCUGAAGCAGUUUGAAGGGAUGCAGCUGCCCGCAGCCUCUGAACUAGAGUGGCUCGUGCCAGAGCAUGACGCCCCACAGAAACUGUUACCAAUUCCUGAUUCCGUGCCCAUUUCUCCUGACGAUGGGGAACAUGCGGACAUCUACAAACUGCGUAUCCGGGUCCGUGGGAACUUGGAGUGGGCACCGCCACGGCCACAGAUAAUCUUCAAUAUCCAUCCAGCACCAACGAGAAAGGUGGCAGUGGCCAAGCAGAACUAUCGCUGUGCAGGUUGUGGCAUCAGGACAGACCCUGACUACAUCAAGCGUAUGCGCUACUGUGAGUACCUGGGUAAAUACUUCUGCCAGUGCUGCCAUGAGAAUGCUCAAAUGGUCAUCCCCAGCCGCAUCCUGCACAAGUGGGACUUUAGCAAAUAUUAUAUCAGCAAUUUCUCCAAGGACCUGCUGAGCAAGAUCUGGAGCGACCCUCUCUUCAACGUGCAGGACAUCAACACUGCCCUCUACCGCAAGGUCAAGCCACUCAACCAAGUCAGGUUGUUAAGAAUCCAGUUGUACCACAUGAAGAAUAUGUUCAAGACCUGCCGCUUAGCUAAAGCGCUUCUGGAUGGCUUUGACACUGUGCCAGGUCAUUUGACUGAGGAUCUCCACCUCUACUCUUUGAAUGACCUCAGCAGCACCAAGAAGGGGGAGCUCGUUCCCUGCUUGACGGAGCUGCUCAAGGCAGGCACCCUGCAUGUGGAGAAAUGCAUGCUGUGCCAGGCCAAGGGCUUCAUCUGUGAGUUCUGCCAGAACGAGGAGGACAUCAUCUUCCCCUUUGAACUGAACAAGUGCAGGAAAUGUGAAGAAUGCAAAGCCUGUUAUCACAAGGCCUGCUUCCGGUCAGGACCCUGCCCCAAAUGUGAGCGGCUGCAAGCACGGAGAGAGCUGCUGGCAAGGCAGAGCAUGGAGGCUGACAUCUCUGACUACGAGGAAGAGCAGGAAGGGGAAGAGGCUGUGGCAGGAGCAGCCACGUGACAGUCAACAGGCUGCCGUUUGGUGCGUGCUCUCUGCCUCCAGAGACUGAACUGACAAAGAACUUACACAGACCCUUCCACAGCUAAUAAGCCAACAUGUUGAGAGGCAGGGGUUUUCAAAGGGAUCUUUUGCACUUGGCUUGGGAAACUUCAGUUUUCCCCUACUGUCUGAGCCACAGGGCUGGGGAGAGAGUGACUUUGGUUGCUACUUCUGCCACGAGCUUCGAUGCACUACGAAGCCCAGCUUUGUUGCCACCACAAAGCAAAGAGCAGCCGGCUUUGUGUCUGUGUGUGCCAGCGUCGGUCGCCUCAAGCCCUUCCAACUCCAUCUGGGAGAAGCUGUUGGAUGGUGGUAGCGAUGAUGAUGGGCGAACCAGGGGCUGUGCUGGUGAGCUUCUGGCCAAGUUCCAAAACACUCCUAAAGGGAAAAUAACCCACUUGAAAUCAUCUUAUUUGCUGUAUUGGCUGCUGUUUGCCAGAAGAGGCAGUGCUUACUUUUUUUUUCUUUUGCCAAAACCACUGCCUAUAAUUCUAUACUUUGCUGCUGAAUGUCACUGAUCCUAACCCUCAUUUUUGUGCCUGAAGGAAGCCAGAGAACAAGAAGAGGUGCUUGGCCUGCGCUUUUUCUGUUGGGAGUUGCCUAGCUUACCACAAAGACUGGUGCUGUAGAAAAAUCUGCUGAUACCUUGGGUGGGGCAGCUGGGAGCCAAGUGUCCCAUCGCUUCUCAGAAUGAUCUGUCUCCCAUCUCCAGCAUCCCAUUAGAGACUUCAUAGCUCCUGCUUCCUUCUCUACCUCCAUUUCUUCCCAUCUCCCUAAAAAAAAUUUUUUUUCCUAGCAAGAAGAGAAAACCUAGAAUGGCAAUUUGCAGAAAUGAUACCUUUCCAGGGUGUUGGUUUUGGCUGGGAUUCAGGUUUCAAGCCUAUAUGGGAGAAGGCCUGGGGCUUUCCUGUUGUUGUAAGUAACCUCUGGAUGCUUUCUUGGAUCAAGGAGAGAUGGGUUCCUGAUGCUGUUGCAGUGAUAGAUUUGUUUCUCCUGCCGAUAUCUCUGCUGUUUGUGUCUGACACCUCAAAAUAAUAAUCCCAAGGAAUUAACAGGGCAAAAUGGGAAAUUGGUUGAUGCCUUUUCAUGUUUGGGUUCAGGAAAUGUUCCAUUACUGGCCCUGUUUGACGUGGGACUUUAAGCUGGCCACAAGGAUGAGAAGUGGCAGUUCCUUAGUGGAUUCAUUUGGGAGGGGGGGUGAUGCUACUAAAGAUUGUAGUUCAUUCUUGCAGAAGCAUGGCAGGAUGCUAAGAGCAGAGCUUAGAGCAGCCUUUGCCAGUGUGGGCAUCCUCCUGAUAUUUCGGAUUGAUGGGAGCUAUAGUCCAAAGUAUCUGGAGGGUAUACCAGUUUGGCAUAUGGCAUGCUGGUGAUAACUAGGGAGUAUUGGUAGUGAGAUGGCAGCCUCUUCUUAACCUCCAUCCUGUCUGCUAGAAUUAGGGGCUGGAGGAGAGUUAGCUGGUCUGUUUCACUGAAUAGGGCUUGGGUUCAUUCAUAAAUAGACAAAACUGUUGUGCAUCCUUGAAUGUCAGGCUGGCAGCAAAUCAGCUCCAUCCUGGACUGAGAGUUUUGCUUGAUGCUUUUUGCCCUCCUUUGCCUCUGAUACUCAGGCAGACUUUCCCCUACUAGCCUCGUCUAUCCUUUCUGCCUUAAGCAGCUGAGCUUCAGUGGUGGGGAAUCUCUGGCCUUGCUGUCAGUGCUUCGUAGUGCAGCCAGACCUUGCUGUUGGCAUGGCUCUUCCUUUGCAGCCAGCUUGACUUAAAGCUAGGCUGCAAAGGAAGAAAGGAAAUGAUCGAGAGAGCACUUGGGGCGCACUCCCAAUUCUUUCCUUUUGAAGUUGGGCCAUCUGAUGUCAUGGUAGUGUCAGGUGGCCUCAUCCAUCGAUAUGGCUCGUGGGAGUGGGGGAACCCAGGAUCCCAGCCCACCAGUAGUAUCCCGUUCUCCACCCUGGUGUCAUAGUCCCAGAUGCCAUGUUCUCCUUGCUCUGGAGCUGGUGGCUGCCCCUGUGAGCAGAAGGUGUAGGCCAUGGAGGAUUGUUCAGUCCUGCCCUACCCUGAUCUGCAGUUUCAGUUACAAUACUUUCAUUUCUGCAGUUUGACCUUUCUCUUUGUAAGCCAUACACCUCUGUGAUCUCUGCUCUUGCUCGCCCAUGAUGCUCAUGGCAUAUGCAUGAGCUAUGUUCCGUGGGAUUGGUGGGAUUAUUUUAUCAGAGUUUAUCCUCUUCUGCUUGCUGACCUUCCUUUUACAGGGAAAUCACUCCACACCCUUGUCAGCUAGGUGGUCUACUAACAAACUCCUCUGAAUGGGUUUGUGUGCCUGCAAUUCCAGUGCAGGGGGAGAAUGAAAUUGGAGGCACCUCUCAUGGCUGUGGGAGCAGCCUUCUCCUAUCAGAUGCUACUGUAUGGAUAUGCACCCAGUUCUGUGUAUGUUGUUGUUCCAUAACAGCUGCUUAGCAAAAUAGUUUGUGCAGUGGUGUCUUUUUCCCCUCUCACUUUUCCUUCAGAGAGCUCGUCUGUGUUGCUGUCUGGAAGCUGGAAAUUGUGUUCCUUGCAAUAGGGCCAGGCUUUCAAAGGCAGCUGAUGCUUGGACAUCUGAAGUGGUUCUGUCUGCUGUGAAAGAACAGUUUGUGGAUGUGUGUGAGGGUCAGUGUGUUGUCUGAAAGUCAAAAUGGCAUGUCGUCCUGAAGAUUAGGAGGGUGACAUUUCUGGUUCAACUAAUACACACCGGAAUCUCCUGCAGGCAGCUGCAGAUGUGCCUUUGUGUUGACAUACACUGCAAGGCCCAUUUUAAAAAAAUUAAUAGCAGUGGGGCUUUUUUAUAUUUAUAGGGAGCACACUAGAAAAAGCCUGACUGCAAUCCAGUUAGAUGGGACAUGCAGUUGACAAGCAUGCAAAAAUGACUCAGGUGGUCUCUUAAGAUCUGUGUUACUUAAUGUUUAUAUAAAGGAAGUCUUCUUUCUAUCUUUUUUUAAAGCAGAAGAUUGCUUGGCUUUAACUCUUGAGUGAACACCAUGUUGUCCCCUUGUGCUUCCUCUAAGGUGUUGUCUGGCAAGGUGCUGGUGCUGCUCUGCAGCCAUCCUUUUAGCGCUCUUUGGCUCAGGCUGAAAUUUCUAGCAUCUUUAGCCCUGCAUGUAAUGUGCUCAGAGUGGUGUAGAGACUGACGUCCAGAAUUUAGAAAGGAAAUGUUGAAAUAACUGGCUUACGAUAUGUGCAGAAAAAGGUGGUGUCUUGGUUUGUGAAUUACCCUGUCUGUGGACAACUGGACCAGUAGAAGCAAAGGAACAAGGAGCUGGGAACACAGGUAACCAUCUUGGCAAGGUAGAUGCUUGCAUGAAAGGGAUAGGAGGGAUGGAGGCACACCCUCAGAACCUGUUGACUUAAUUUGGGGUGUUUGUGGGCUGGAUAUUCUUGUGAGAGGGUUCUUGAUGGCAGCUCCACUCAUAUACAGGACUUGUGGUACUGCAAAGAGAACUGCUGCCCUCUGGCCACUCAUCUACAGUAGCUUGUUACUAUUCUCCUGAGAUGGAAACUUAGGGAAAUUGGCUUCCCAAAGACAUCCUGAUCUAAGAUUUGUUUUUUUUUAAGGUGAUAGUGAAAGGUUUGCAGCAAUGUGGAAUACUUUAUUCAUUUUGACCGUGUCCUCCCCCCCCCCCCCCGUUUCAUCCAAGAGCUUUCGCCAGAUAAACUUUAACUUUGAAGAAUGGCAUCUGUUCUGUUGAUAACAUUCAGCUCCCAUGACUGACAAAAGCCUGUACAGGACUGUGUGGCUUGUGCACUGGACCUUCUCCCUGACACACACAUCCUUUGAGAUAUUCUCUUUACUUAUUUAAGGGCCAAACUUUAUGCUAAUCAUGUGCAUAAACUAGCAUGCAUAACUUGUCUGCUUUUUUGCGGAGGGGAGGUUGAAUGCAGCUGUAGGGCUCUGAACUGGAACAUGCUUGAAAUCCAGAUCAGGACUCUCCAUUGGUCUCCUGCUAAACAUCGCAUCCUUCUGGCUGCUAUCUGCCCCCAAAUAUGUUAUGAACAGAAAAUGUGUGUGGCACUCGUUUGCAUUUUUCCUCCAAAAUGAAAGCAGUUGGGUUAAGCAUGUGUGGGAGGGUGUUGUGUUUUAAACAUGACUAGUGUUAUGUGUAGGUGAGCCCUGAACGUUACCUCGCUUGAGACUUUUUCUGCAGCACUCUCAAAAGAGUGUAAAUCCACACAGCAGCCCUUUAGCGGACUCCCUCUAGCAUGCUGCUUCUCAGAUGUAGACUCAAGAAAUUUGGUCGUGGGUUGUUUAGGGCUUAUUACUAUCUUUUUAUAAGCACUUCCAGCACUCCAGGACAUUUCUUCUGUUUGCAAGCAAAGCCCUCUUUAAAACCUGUUUGCUGGAACAGCCUUUCCCUAAUCUGGUGCCCUCCACAUUUUUGGGGACUACAAUUUCCAUCACCACCAGGCUGCUGGGAAUUGUAGUCCAAAACAUCUGGAAGGCACCAGGUUAGGGAAAGGCUGUCCUAGAAGCACUGAUUUAGUUUCAGCAGAGCAAGUAGUAGGUUGCGUUUUAUGUGUUAAUUGUGUUAGGGCCCUUUUGCAGUGGCCAGAAAGCGCUCACAGGGAGAACUUGAGGCACAGCGGAGCGGUUAUAAAGCCAAAUGGUGCUCAACACUGAUGAAGCUGUGAUCAGUUUUUAGUUUGCCCAUGGUUUUGCAGAAUGACUGCUAUCUAUAAUAAUGUAAAUGGUAAGUGAAAGUUCUUUAUAAAAUAAGAGGUAACAAUGGUGUUGAAAACAGAUACCCAUCUGCUGUUCUAUUGCACAGCCUAGCACUGGGAAUGCUGUCCAUAAUAAACUACACAAAUCCGCCUGCUGUUUCUUCAGUCUUGUUUUUGGCUGAACACUGAAAUAAUGCCUCCUGACUUGUAGUUGCCAGCUUUGGUGGUUUUGCUGGACCAAUGUCUUUGCCUUCCUGCACAACCAUUUUUCCCCAUUUCUUUUGUUCCAGAAUGUUUUCUAAAGCCCUCACAGUAGGCAUGUGGGACUGCAUUGGUAGGUGUAGAGUGAGGUAGUUUGACUGUUCAUCACUUCUCAUUCUUCACUGUCUUAUACCUAAGAGCAAAACUGUAUUUUACACUGCAGCUGUGUGUGAAGCCUAACACGUUAGUCUUGCCCUGUGGCCUGUGUCUGGAACACAGAGGGCAAGAGUAAAAGCAGUUCAGCUGCACACUAGUGGAAAGUGCAUCUUACGGAUUAUGCUUUGCAAAAGUGAAAGCCUUGUCUAGAUAAGGUUGCAUAUGGCUGCAGCACAGUGUGACCUGGCCUUAAUGGGAGUGCCCCGUUCUGCCAGCCUUAGCCGUAUGUUUUGGGCUACAGGUCCCAUCAGCCCUAGCCCGCAUAGUUGCAGUCUCAAAACAUGUGGAGGGACACCAGGUUGGUGAAGGCUGGUUCGCAAACAAAGAACAGCUGAAGCAUGACUUCUCAAGAUAUGAUCUUUUAAUUGAAAUGUUACUACAAAAGUACAAAUUCAUAGAAAACACUUCGCACGGCAGUGCUGUCAUUCCCAAUGGGUGGUUCAGUCACUAGCUGAACAGAAAGCCAGUGCAUGCAUGCUGCUUUAGAAGCUGCACUAUUAAAGUUCUACCAGCCCUGAAUCCAGGGAUUUAGAAACCAAGGAGAAAUGCCUCUGCAACAUAAAGACUGCAUGUUGUCCUAGCUUAAUUUAAGCAUGACAACCACCCAUCUCAGAUCCUGACAAUGUGUGGUACAAGACAUGCUUGCUGCUGCACCUUGGAAGCUUGCCUCUGCUGUGUUAAGAUUGUGGUACCAGCAACUCUUUGCUCAUAGCUUAGCUCUUUGGCUGGCCUACGUAGCAUGGUUUAUCCUGUAAAGGUACUGCUGACUUCAGCACCGCAUCAUCUCCUUGCAAGCAUCAUAGCCAAAGCAGCUGGUGCUGGAGGAAUUCAGUCUUAACAGUGAUGGGCAGAGAGUAACACAGGAGGGUCACUACUGUCUCCUCCCUUAAAAGAAGCCCCACAAGCAAGGAAGUGGACCAUAAGGCUAAGCCAUUUCAGUGAUCCAUUUGCCUAUAGAGAAACCCUGAAGAUUAAGAUGGGGAACUGCAAGGCUGCAGCUAUACAAUAAGCUUAAGACCCUUCAAUCGGGUUUUAUUUUCAUGCUUCUCCCCAAAAGAGUUCUUGAGGUCUGUAAACUUUGUAAAUGCUAAUUCCUGAGGAGUAGCUUCCAUAGGUGGGGAAACAGAGGCCUCAUUUUCAUUUGAUAAGGGCAGCUGGGGUGUAACUACAGCAGAUUAUUGCUCCUCUGAAGUACCAUAUGGACCAGUACCACACAGGUAUCACCUGAUCUCUUCCAAAUUCAAGCCAUUGGCCUGUUCCUUCAGAAAGAUGCAGCUGUUUUUACACAACUAUAUAUCCCCAGGAUUCUUGAGAGGCCCUGCUGACUUAAACCCAUUAAAACCACUGAUAGCUAAUUGCUUACAGCAGCCCAGGCCCCUCCUGCCUGGUCUCAGCUGCUGCAGGGAAUUCUGAGCUAGGGGUAAGAACUACUCAUUUCUUCCCUAGAGUUAAGCAGCAACUCAGAAGCACAAGCUCUCUUUUAUUUAUUAUUAUUUAUUAUUUUAUUAUUUCCAUUUAUAUACCGCCCUUAGCAGAAUAGCUCUCAGGGCGGUGAACAAACAGAUAAAAUACAAUAUAUCAUAAUAAAAAUCAUAAAAACAUAUACAAACAAACAACAAAAAAACACUACAAAAACACAAUACGACUUCUUUUGGGAAGGGAUUCUCUUCCACUCCAGAUGGGUCUAGCUAGACCCAGACAGAAUAGCAGAUUAUUUUCCUUACUCCUUAGGAGACGGGGGGGAAGCAAGCAUUCACUUGCCCCUGGAGCUAGAACAUCCCUUCACCGGCACUGCAUUUCCAGCUUUGGAUCUCCACUUGCCCUUGGAGUUGUUACUCCGCAGAGGCUGCUGGGAGAACUUGCGAGGAUUGUACUUGCACUCAAACUGGUCCACGUCAAACUUCCUCUUGCAGCCGGCGUAGUUCAUGUAGCGGAUCUUUCCAAACACAGCACGUUCUGCCCAGCCUUGGUCGUGGAUCCCGCAAAUGGACCACAUGCAGCCUGAGGGAGGGAAAACAACCACAAGGUCUCUGCUUUUGCCGUCCUGAUGGUUAAGCAAGGCAGCAAAUGAAGCAACAGACCUCCCACAGAAUAGGGGGACCUCUGCCAAAUCUUGUUUGGGCUUGUAGAGGAUUGUCCAGCAACAGGUAAUAUGAAAGCCACAGGGAUUGUGGAAAGGAGCUGACCAUGAACUGGGAUUUUUCUCUCUCCGAUCUGGACCAACAGGAGUCUUCCCCAACUCUCCUCUGAGGCUGCUUCUGCCUCCACUCUUACUCUUGCCCCGCCCUCUCAAAAUAAGAGCUGCGGUACAGUCAUUAGGAGCAACGCUUCACAAGAGCACAGUAAACCCCAACAGCCUGUAAUAGUACUAGGUGUAGGGUUCAGCUUCCUGGGUAGCAUGGGGAUUUGUUUUUAAAAAGAGAGGCUCUAGCCCUUAUGAUUGCAAAAGUACAGUAUGCACAAGUGUUUUCUGCUCAAAUCCUGAAUUGUGUGCACACAGGGAGGCAGUUUCAGUGCCUCAUAUAGCUCCUUACCACAUUCUACAUCAUCAGUAAAUCUAGAAUAAGUUGUGAAAAAAAGAUCUUAUAAAAGUUUCAGGGCUGAGUUUCUCUUUGCACGGAAUUUGGACAACUUAAUAGAAUUUUAGUAUGCGGCUAUCUCAGGUGUGGGGAGCUUUUUAACCCUCCAGAUUUUGCUGAACUACAACUCCCAUCAAACGCAGCAGGCAUAACUAAAUGGCCAGGGAUGAGGGGAGUUGUAAUUCAGCAACAGCUGGAGGGCCGAAGGAUCCCCACACCUGGGCUGUCUUGUGAACUGGUAAUACCUGGUGGAGAAUCUCAGCAGCUACAGUUAGCCAAGUGACACCCACCCCCAAUAAGUAGAUACUGUACACACCCAGGACUGGCGCCUUGGGCACCAGCCUGCCCUGGUACCCACCCACAUGCUCCACCUACCUUUCCCUUGAAAUGAAUGCUGGCUGCACUGUGUGCGCAUGCCUGC